UAAAUGACAAGGUGACAGUUUGUCUCAUCCUACAUUCAUUGACUGCGGUUGUGUGCGAGAGCAGCUAAUCCCGGACCCUCCAAAAGCCGUAACAAAUCGGUUCCAGCCAUGUAUGCCUGCGCCAAGUUUGUCACUUCUCCUGCUGUGCUGCGUGGGGGGUCCAGAGUCCUCGCCCGGCCAGUCUCAGUCUCCCUCUUCAACAGACCUGAAGCCACAGUUGAGCAGCAGGCCUUGUUGCCAGUCAGCCAGUCUGUAGUCCCAACCCGCUCCUUUCAGACCAGCGCUGUCUCCCGAGACAUUGACACUGCCGCCAAGUUCAUUGGUGCUGGUGCUGCCACAGUGGGUGUGGCUGGCUCAGGAGCUGGAAUCGGGACAGUGUUUGGAAGCCUCAUCAUUGGCUAUGCCAGGAACCCCUCCCUGAAGCAGCAGCUCUUCUCCUAUGCCAUCCUGGGCUUUGCUCUGUCUGAGGCUAUGGGUCUCUUCUGUCUGAUGGUGGCAUUCCUCAUCUUAUUCGCCAUGUAAACCUGGAAAUAUAGCCACACCUCUUGACCCUUCUCUUACCCCCCCUUUUUUUUUUUUUUUUUUUUUUUUUUGUUUGUCCUUGCUCUCCCUUCUCCCCUUCCUUCCAUCUGGGGGGUGGUUCCAGAAUGGGAACUCUGAACGAGUUGAUAGGCCAUUCCAAUCAAUGGAAAAAUGUUAAACAUCUGAGGUUAACAAACCUCCAAUCCUACAUUUUUAUGUUGCUAAACUUAUUUUUGUUUUUCUGAAGUUUCAUGUAAGACCUCCCUUCGGGUGAAAUAAUCUGUCCAAAAUAAAUGGUUGGGAUAACACAA